GUGUAUCGGACGCAUGCGUAAUGUCGCCUUACGUGGCAUCGGCAGCAAUCACGAUAACGUCCACCCACGAUAUCUUGUACAUUUUCAUAUAAACACUUUCAGUGAUAUAUUAAAGUUUUGUUAUGAUAUAAAUACAUUUUAUAAUAACAAUAUGCAGCACAUUCAAGAAAUGAACAGACAGCAUCCAUAUGCUGCACCUGUAUCAUUAGUGAACAAUCAGCAAAAUAUGUCAAAAUCACCAAUUAUGGGACAACAAAAUUUGUCAAAUUCACAAAUGCAACCUCAUUUAUUACCUGUUCAAUCUAUGGAUCAUUCUCAACCGAAUCCUUUAGCAACAGGAGGAGUUUCUUCCCAAAUGUCACCGCAUUUACAUACAGGUCUUCAUGGACAUUCUGCAAAUUACCAAACUCAGAUGACUAAUUCCCAGAAUAAUAGCCUACCUCAAUCUGAAGUAGAGCUAUACAAUUCUGCACCACCACCAUCUCAGACCGCAGGAAGUCCGAUAGGCUCAGGUUUAUUGCAGUCUGAAGUAAGACAAUAUGCUCCUCCUGUUUCAACAAUGGGACAAUCUAUGGCAAGUCCUCUGGGGUCUAAUCCUGUUCUUCCCCAAGCUCGAUACAAGCUUCAUUCACAACCCAUAUCGUCAGUACCAGGCCAGACUGUAGCAAGUCCUACAGGACCAGGUUUAGUACAGUCCGGACAGUUUAAUACUGCGCCUCCAAUAUCAGGACAAAAUUUACCUGGUUCUUUAGGAAUGAAUCGUGUACCACCCGGUACCAUUUCAGGUUAUCAACAACCAACAGGCUACCAACAAACUGGAUAUCACAAUCAAAUGGAUAUGUAUAACAAUCAAAGAAAUUUAUAUCCAAAUACACCUAAUGCUACGGGAUAUCAGCCAGGAUUGCAACCUCAACAAGCUAGACGACUUGAUCCAGAACAAAUGCCGAGCCCAAUUCAAGUGAUGCAAGAUGAUCAAAAUACAAGAGGUGGAAUAUUUAUAACAAAUCAAAGAGGUCUAGUACCGCCUUUGGUGACAACAAAUUUUAUUACUCAGGAUCAAGGAAAUGCAUCUCCUAGAUACAUCAGAUCCACUAUGUACACUGUCCCUACUACUGCUGAUAUUAUAAAGCAGACUAAUGUACCGUUCGGACUUGUGAUAAGUCCAAUGGCUCGAGUUGUGCAAGGAGAGUGUGAACCGCCAAUAGUAGAUAUGGGUGAAAUUGGACCCGUACGUUGCAUACGUUGUAAAGCUUAUAUGUGCCCGUUUAUGCAAUUUAUCGAUGCUGGCCGAAGAUUUCAGUGCAUGUUUUGUAAAGCGACGACAGAAGUUCCAAAUGAGUACUUUCAACACUUGGAUCAUACGGGCCAACGUAUAGAUCGUUGUGAGAGACCUGAAUUAAUGUUUGGUACAUUCGAAUACAUAGCAACGAAGGAUUAUUGCAGGGAUAACGUUUUCCCAAAACCCCCAGCUAUUGUGUUUAUAAUUGAUGUAUCUUAUAAUACAGUUAAAUCCGGAUUAGUGAGUUUACUAUGUGCAAAAAUGAAAUCCAUAAUAAAGAACCUACCUAUUGAUGCUGGACAAACUAAAAGUAAUAUGAAAGUUGGCUUUAUAACGUAUAACAAUACUGUGCAUUUCUACAAUAUCAAUCCUUGUCUCGGUCAACCGCAAAUGAUGGUUGUCGGAGAUGUUCAAGAUGUGUUUAUGCCUCUUUUGGAUGGGUUUUUAUGUAACAUUGAGGAAAGCGAAGCGGUUAUCGAUAGUCUAAUGACACAGAUUCCGCAGAUGUUUGCGGAUACUCGAGAAACAGAAACAAUUCUCGCUCCCGCCAUACAGGCUGGAUUAGAAGCAUUAAAGGCAUCUGAAUGUUCCGGCAAAUUAUUAAUAUUUCAUUCUUCUUUACCAAUUGCCGAAGCACCCGGAAAAUUAAAAAAUCGUGAUGAUCGUAAAGUACUUGGAACUGAUAAAGAAAAAACAGUUUUAGUGCCACAAAGUAAUGUCUAUAAUAAUUUGGGUCAAGAAUGUGUCGGUGCAGGUUGUAGCGUGGAUUUAUUUAUUUUUAACAAUUCAUACGUAGAUAUAGCAACAAUCGGUCAAAUUUGUCGUCUUACUGGAGGAGAAAUUUAUAAAUAUACUUACUUCCAGGCUGAAGUCGACGGUGAUAGAUUGAUUUCGGAUGUUAUUAACAAUAUUAGUAGACCAAUUGCUUUUGAUGCUGUUAUGCGGGUACGUACGUCUACAGGUGUUAGAGCAACCGAUUUCUAUGGGCACUACUUUAUGUCUAAUACAACUGAUAUGGAAUUAGCCAGUAUAGACUGCGAUAAGGCUAUUGCAAUAGAAGUUAAGCACGACGAUAAAUUGACGGAUGAUGAAGGUGUCUACAUUCAAGUGGCUUUGCUAUAUACCUCCUGUAGUGGUGUAAGAAGAUUACGAAUCAUAAACUUAAGUUUGAAAACUUCGUCGCAAAUGGCCGAACUAUAUCGCGCAUGCGAUUUGGAUGCUAUUAUAAAUUAUUUCUCUAAACAAAGCGUGUUUAAAUUACUGGAAUCUGCUCCGAAAGCGGUGAAGGAUAACUUGAUUGCAAGAUGUGCAAAUAUGCUAGCUGUAUACCGAAAGCAUUGCGCAACACCAUCUAGUGCUGGACAAUUAAUACUACCAGAAUGUAUGAAAUUACUUCCACUUUGCAUCAACUGUUUAUUAAAAAGCGAUGCAUUAUCAGGAGGAUCUGAUAUGACUAUCGAUGACAGAUCUUACGUCAUGCAAGCAGUCACAACAAUGCCGAUUUCCAUAUCUAUUGCUUAUAUUUACCCUAGAUUAUUUCCUUUGCAUGAUGUUGAUUCUGAAGAUACAUAUUUACCUCCGAUGUUGCGUUGUUCUAUUGACAAAUUUGCGGACGACGGUGCUUAUCUACUUGAAAACACAAUCCAUAUGUUCUUGUGGUUGGGUAUGGCACUUUCUUCUCAAUGGGUUCAGAGUGUUUUUGGUGUGCCUUCGGUGGUUCAAAUCGAUACAGAUCGCUCUGCAUUGCCGAUAUUAGACACUCCUUUAAAUAAUAGAAUCAUAAAUAUUAUCAAUCGAAUACGUGCUGAAAGGCAUCGCUGUAUGAAAUUAACAAUAGUGAGGCAACGUGACAAACUGGAAAUGGUAUUACGUCAUUUCUUAGUUGAAGAUAGAGGAAAUGAUGGAAGCCCUAGCUAUGUCGAUUUCUUAUGCCACAUGCACAAAGAAAUAAGAACUAUUCUUAGUCAAUAAAUGACUUUUUUUUUUUUUUUAGUAAUCAGAGCGCUAUCACUACACACCUUGUAUUCGAAUUCAAGUUUUUUCGUAUCAAUGAUUUGUUAUUAUUACAUUGUCUUCAAGGAGUUCAAAUUCGAGGUUUUAUCUUCGAUUGUAUUGUAUUUUUGUGCAGGCAUUGAAAAAAAAAAAAAUAUGUGUAAACGUGUGUAUGUGUGUGUGCGCGCGCGUGUGUGUGUAUAUAUAUGCUCACGUAUUUACUUCUACGUAUGUACACGCGCGUGUGUACUCACACACAGAGUAAGAAAAACAGAAAAAAAUAAGAAGUGUGGAAAAAAGAAAAAGGUAAAAUGUGUUUCUCAAUAAAACAUAGAGUCGUUCUAUGUGCUAAACAAAUAUUAAGUAAAAGUUGGAUUAUCGAAGUAUUGAACAAUUUGUAUUUUAUGUAAGAAGAUAAUUAUUUCACACAU